AUGUCUUGGGAAGCGUGGGUGGUGCUAGGCCUAAUAGUGGCAAGUUUGGUACUUCUAUUUCUAGAAGUGGGAUCUCCUGAGCAAGUGCUCAUGGGGACCCUAUCCAUCUUGUGGAAUCUCAGUAUUGUUUCAACCGACGACGCCUUAGCUGGAUUUUCCAAUUCUGGCCUAGUCUCCAUCGGUGCCCUGUUCAUCGUGAUGCACGCAGUGGACAAGUCUCGAGUGGUGGACUAUGCUGCAAGACGGAUAUUGGGCUCACACCUUCGUGAUCGAACAGUUUUGUUUCGGGUUUGUUUCACUGUCUUUGCUCUAUCUGGAUUUUGUAACAACACCCCGCUAGUGGUGCUCUUCAUGCCAAUCGUGCGAGAUUGGGCCAGAACCAAUCAGCGUGCUCCAUCAACUUUCUUGAUCCCGCUCAGCUAUGCAGCCAUCAUGGGUGGAAUGCUUACCACAAUUGGCACCAGUACAAACUUAUUGGUCAAUGGACUGCUUGAAAAACAAGGCUACAAGCCGUUCAGUUUCUUUGAGCCGGGCAUUUUGAGCUUGCCCAUGGGAGUCAUCAGCUUUGUUCUGAUCAUCUCGCUGGGUCCCAUGGUUCUCCCAGACAACAAGGGAGGUCUGUUUCGAGAAGUGCGUGAGCACGGUGACAAUUUGGUCACUGCUUUGGACAUCACACAGGACUCAGCAUGGAUCGGACGUCGGCCAGACGAGUUGCUGAUGGCUCUGGGCUUGCCCACCAGCUGCCUUUUGAAAAUCCGACGGCCAAUGCCGGAUGCCAAGGGACAAUCUCUGCACAUCACCCUGGGUUCGCAGCAGAGAGAGAUCUUGCGGCAGCCAAGUUCGCCGAGAAGGGAAGACCUGGAGCGAUCCUUCAACCUACGUUUCUUGAACCUUGAUAUCGAAGCAAGUUGCGCGGAGGACCCUGACAUCAUGGAAAUCCAACCGGUUCGUGAAACUGAACGUGCUCAGGCAGGAGACUUGCUGCUGCUGUCCCUGCCGCGGGACCGCGUGGUGGAGAUUAUUUCCAAACAAGAACGCGGCAUUCGCGUGCGCAGCUUGCAUGCUAACCAGGUACUUUCUGAGCAGUCUGAGUUCGUGGAGCUGGUGCUGAGUGCAAAUUCACCCUUGCUUGGGCAACCGAUCUGCAAUGCAUCGAAGAUGGUGAGCGAAGCUUACAACGCCGGUCUCAUCGCUGUCCGGUCACGAUACUGGGGUACAGCCUUCGCAACUGAUCAACAAGAUAGCAAGGAAGCUAGUAGUAGUCCAAGUCCAUUCCACCGUCGAGCAAGUGCAAAUUUUGUAGCGGGCGAUGUGAUCUUGGUGAUGGCGCAGACCGACACCAGCUAUCCUUCUUCUCAUUUUCUCUUAGUCACACGCUUGGGUUCCUUGCCCAGGCCCACUUCAUUCUAUGAUUUGGUGCCUUUGCUCCUUUUCGUCCCUGCACUGAUGCUCACGUCCCUGGAUGUCGUCAGCAUGGUCCAGAUUUCGGUGACGCUGUCAACUCUGUUCAUCAUGGGUGGGUGGAUCAAAGCCACAGAGAUCCGCACCAUCGUUGAUUGGCAGCUGCUGAUCCUCAUUGGAGCAGCUUUGGGCAUUGCACAGGCCAUGUCGAAAUCUGGAUUGGCAGCUGGCGUUUCCAGAGCAAUUCUAUCAAGUGGCCUUCCAAACUGGCUCACUCCGUCCCUUCUAUAUUUGAUUGUCAUGGUGACGACAGAAUUGGUCACCAACAAUGCUGCAGCAGCUCUGGGGGUUCCAUUGGCCAUCGAUCUCGCAGAGAAGAUGGGCUUGCAAUCUCCACAUCCCUUGGUCAUGGUGGUCAUGAUUGCGGCAUCCACAUCGUUUGCCUCGCCAAUUGGCUACGCCACCAACCUCAUUGUGAUGGGUCCAGGCGGUUACUCCUUCUUGGACUUCCUGCGAUUGGGUGGAUGUUUAGACUUAGUAUGGCUCAUUGGUUGCAGCCUUCUGCUACCUUUUAUGUGGCCAAUGGUAUGA